UUUCCGGACUCCCCCGCGGUUCCAUUUGAUUCCUGUUGCGUUUCGUCCCAGAAUUUACAUCAGAUGAUCUUCAGUAUCUCGCUGACAGACAUCAGAGUCCGUGAAAGUUGCGUUACGUGAGUGGAUGGAUUCGGCAAGGUGCAACAGUGCUCUGUCCGUAGCCAUUUGGGCUCAAGCCAUUCUGCCUGGCUCAAAGGUUCGUCUGUCUUGCAUCUCCGAGAGGCUCGCUUGUUACUGAACCAUGCUGCUGGCCGUCUGGAUGUCCAUGGCAUGCGCUGAAGCAUUGUUCCUUCAUUAUCAUGCCCACGCCUCUGGAACGAGGCCACGUGCCGAGGUCGAAAGCAGGUCAUUGGAAUAUGCAGCUUUCAGUGAUCCGGAGCCUCAUGAUUCUUCUUUAAAAUAUUAUGAUCAAUGAUGACCCAAUGAAUGAAUAGUCUUCCUCUGUCAAAUCUUCUGAUCAAUAAUCAAUGAUCUUGAUGACCCAAUGAUUUGUUUGAUCAAAUCUGAGGCUGAAGAGUCUUUCAUAAUAACAAGUUCUUCAAACCCUUUACCUCGCCUCGCACCUUUGAGCGACGCUCACUUCAAUGUCCCCUUCUACGCGUAUGACGAGGUGGAUUGGAUGUCCACAAACAUGCACAUCGCGUUGAUUGGGAGACGCCCGCUCCUUUUGAGCAGUACAUGUGGCUUUUUCAGCAGUGGAUUUGAUGAUCUUGUCGGAUCGCCAGAGACGCAGCAAUUGCAUCUCCACGGGUCGCUCGCGCUUGGUUCUUUGUAUUUUCCGCCAACCCCAAGUCACCGACGGAUGUUUGAUCCGCUGUUUUGUCACGGUGCCUCUCCCGAGCACGUGCGUACGUAAGUAUGUAUGUAUAUAAUAUCAACAAAUAGAAGGCCCCAAGGCUGACAGUCUCCACAAGCGUUGGAAAUCGCAUGGCCGGAGCGGACGCCAGUGAGAGCGAUACGGACCGAGAUGUUCGCGCAUUCUUGCCAUUUGUCGCACGUAAUUUGGAGAGACUAUAUAUUUUCCUUGCUUUAGGUGCUGCCACUUCGUCAGCCAGACUGCAGCUGCUGCAUCGCGCCUUGCCUUUGCGGGAAAUUAGCCUGACGAGGGACCCAACCAUAUACA